GUUUUGUUUUUUCCCAUAGCUGACUACACAACACCCAAAAAGGACGUAGUUUUUCUGUUGGACGGUUCAGAUGGCACUAGGAAUUCUUUCCCAGCAAUGCGUGACUUUGUACAAAGGGUAGUGGAGAAAUUAAACAUAGAGGAAAACAGAGACCGAGUUUCUGUGGUGCAGUACAGUCGAGACCCAGAGGUCCAUUUCCACUUAAAUGCCUACACAACGAAGGAAGACAUUUUAGACAGUGUGAGAGGUCUGAGACACAAAGGAGGGAGGCCCCUCAACACAGGGGCAGCUCUCCAGUACGUCAAAGACAAUGUAUUUACUGCCUCCUCUGGCAGCAGACGACUGGAGGGUGUGCCGCAAAUAUUGAUUCUCCUAAGUGGGGGAAGGUCAUAUGACAAUGUUGACGCAGCAGCAUCCUCUCUGAAGGAAAUUGGAGUCUUGACCUUCGGAAUAGGAUCGAGAGGCUCUGAUAGCGGGGAAUUGCAGAGAAUUUCAAAUGACCCCAAGUAUGCUUUAUCUGUGUCUGACUUUAGUGAGCUUCCAAAUGUCCAAGAGCAGUUGCUGGCCUCCGUACACACGGUUGUAGUACCCAUUGCUACAACGUCACCAACUGCUGACUACACAACACCAAAAAAGGACGUAGUUUUUCUGUUGGAUGGUUCAGAUGGCACUAGGAAUUCUUUCCCAGCAAUGCGUGACUUUGUACAAAGGGUAGUGGAGAAAUUAAACAUAGAGGAAAACAGAGACCGAGUUUCUGUGGUGCAGUACAGUCGAGACCCAGAGGUCAAUUUCUAUUUAAAUGCAUACACAACGAAGGAAGACGUUUUAGACAGUGUGAGAGGUCUGAGACACAAAGGGGGGAGACCCCUCAACACAGGGGCAGCUCUCCAGUACGUCAAAGACAAUGUAUUUACUGCCUCCUCUGGCAGCAGACGACUGGAGGGUGUGCCGCAAAUAUUGAUUCUCCUAAGUGGGGGAAGGUCAUAUGACAAUGUUGACGCAGCAGCAUCCUCUCUGAAGGAAAUUGGAGUCUUGACCUUCGGAAUAGGAUCGAGAGGCUCUGAUAGCGGGGAAUUGCAGAGAAUUUCAAAUGACCCCAAGUAUGCUUUAUCUGUGUCUGACUUUAGUGAGCUUCCAAAUGUCCAAGAGCAGUUGCUGGCCUCCGUACACACGGUUGUAGUACCCAUUGCUACAACGUCACCAACUGCUGAUUACACCGUGCCCAGAAAGGACGUUGUUUUUCUGCUUGACGGUUCAGAUGGCACUAGGAGUUCUUUCCCAGCAAUGCGUGACUUUGUACAAAGAGUUGUGAAGAAAUUAAACAUAGCGGAAAACAGAGACCGAGUUUCUGUGGUGCAGUACAGUCGAGACCCAGAGGUCCUUUUCCAUUUAAAUGCAUACACAACGAAGGAAGAGGUUUUAGACAGUGUAAGAGGUCUGAGACACAAAGGGGGGAGGCCCCUCAACACAGGGGCAGCUCUUCAACACGUCAAAGACAAUGUCUUUACUGCCUCUUCUGGCAGCAGACGACUGGAGGGUGUGCCGCAAGUGCUGAUUUUGCUUAGCGGGGGAAGGUCAUAUGACAAUGUUGAUGCAGCAGCAUCCUCUCUGAAGGAAAUUGGAGUCUUGACCUUCGGAAUAGGAUCGAGGGGCUCUGAUAGCGGGGAAUUGCAGAGAAUUUCAAAUGACCCCAAGUAUGCUAUAUCUGUGUCUGACUUUAGUGAGCUUCCAAAUGUCCAAGAGCAGUUGCUGGCCUCCGUACACACGGUUGCAAUACCCAUUGCUACAACGUCAUCAACUGUUACCGCUGACUACACAACACCCAAAAAGGACGUAGUUUUUCUGUUGGACGGUUCAGAUGGCACUAGGAAUUCUUUCCCAGCAAUGCGUGACUUUGUACAAACGGUAGUGGAGAAAUUAAACAUAGAGGAAAACAGAGACAGAGUUUCUGUGGUGCAGUACAGUCAAGACCCAGAGGUCAAUUUCUAUUUAAAUGCAUACACAACGAAGGAAGACGUUUUGGACAGUGUGAGAGGUCUGAGACACAAAGGGGGGAGACCCCUCAACACAGGGGCAGCUCUCCAGUAUGUCAAAGACAAUGUAUUUACUGCCUCCUCUGGCAGCAGACGACUGGAGGGUGUGCCGCAAAUAUUGAUUCUCCUAAGUGGGGGAAGGUCAUAUGACAAUGUUGACGGAGCAGCAUCCUCUCUGAAGGAAAUUGGAGUCUUGACCUUCGGAAUAGGAUCGAGAGGCUCUGAUAGCGGGGAAUUGCAGAGAAUUUCAAAUGACCCCAAGUAUGCUUUAUCUGUGUCUGACUUUAGUGAGCUUCCAAAUGUCCAAGAGCAGUUGCUGGCCUCCGUACACACGGUUGUAGUACCCAUUGCUACAACGUCACCAACUGGUAUGUGCAUGACAAACAUUUACGUGCUGUGCCUUUUCUGUCUAUAUUUGAAAUUGCUGAGUAGUUGUGUGCAGUGGCAUGCUCACCAACAGCUUAGAUAGUGAAUGAA